GACGAGAACAUCCUGGACCCCGACAGGACCAGCGUCAUCAGCCUCUUCCAGGCGCACAAGAAAGCUGCGCAGACCAUCAUGCAGCGCAUCCAGGAGGAGAUGGGGGCGCGGUUCUGGGUGUCCCUGAAGAUGCUGUGGGGAGAUUUGAGCCAAGUGCGGAAGGACCAUCCCCACCUCGUGGACCGCAGCACAGUGGUGGCACGCAAGCUGGGCUACCCGGAGGUCAUCAUGCCAGGAGACGUCAGGAACGACAUCUACCUGACGCUGGUGCAGGGCGAGUUCGACAAGGGCAACAAGAAGACGCAGAAGAACGUGGAGGUGACCGUGUGCGUCUGCGACGAGUCGGGCAGCGUGGUGCAG